AUGGCGAUUCUCAAGCCCACUUUGCUCACAGCACUCGCAGCAAUGGUUACUACAACCCAAGCCCAAUCCGCCAACCCCGGCGUUGGCAGCAACCCCAACGCCCAAGGCGCAACCGACGACGUGACGCCCAGCACCGGUCCAAACGGCUCCGAAGACUGGCUAAACACCGGCCUCACCAGCACCGGCUGGACACCGCCCUACCUCGCCCUCUCCUCCGUCCUCCACAUCUCCCUCUCCCAAUUCUACGCCACCAUCGGCUCCCCCUGCGCCCAGUACGACCAAUACUUCCAAUCCGCCAGCUCAAAGUACACAAUCGACCCCGUCAUCCUCGCCGUAAUCGCCAUGCAAGAAUCCUCCUGCAACGCCUCUGCCGGCGGACCCACCCCUGGCCUGAUGCAGGUCUCCUGCGACAACUACCCGAACGGGGUAUGCACGGAUUCCAUCCAGGAUAACGUGGACGCGGGCACAAAUUAUCUCAAGUCUCAGCUUGAUGCGGCGGGUGGGAAUGCGAUUCAGGCAUUUGGCGCGUAUAAUGGGUGGUUUACGGCGGGGAGUGGGUUGAAUGGGGAUAAGGGGUUGACGGUGGAUUAUCCAUGUUCAGAGGAGGGGAGGGCGAAUGGGGUGCCGCAGAAUUUGGAUUAUUUGCAUCAGGUGCUGAAUGGGUGGUUGAUGGGGUUGGAUGUUUAUGGGGAUGAUGCUUGGAUUGGGACUUAUAGGUGUGAUCAGAAUUGUGAUGAUGGGAGUAAUUGUUGA